UGGAAAUUAACUGCUAGGGGAAAAAAGCUGACCGGUCAUUUGCGUCAGAACAAUUUUAUUAAUCCCAGGAUCCAAGCUUUCUUCCAGCCUGGAGAAGGAGCGAUGGCCCACAUUUCAAUCAAUCAGUAUUUACAGCUGGUGCAAGAAGCAAUAGAUUCAAAAAAUGGAUUUGAUUGUGGAGACCUGGUUUCAUUCAGACAUCCUCAUGUUGCAAAUCCUAAGCUACAGCUAUCUGCACCAGAGGAGAAGUGCCAGCACGUGUUGGAACCCCCUUAUGAUGAAAUGUUCGCAGCUCACUUAAGAUGCACUUAUGCUGUCUCCAAUCAUGAUUUUAUUGAAGCAUACAAAUGCCAGACCGUUGUCGUUCAAUCAUUUUUGAAAACAUUCCAGGCUCAUAAAGAAGAAAAUUGGGCCCUGCCUGUAAUGUAUGCAAUCACACUUGACUUGCGGAUCUUUGCUAACAGUGCUGAUCAGCAGCUUGCCAAGAAAGGGAAAGGCAAACUUGGGGAUAUGCUGGAGAAAGCUGCAGAGCUUUUGAUGAGUUGCUUCAGAGUAUGUGCCAGUGAUACACGUGCUGCUUUUGAUGAUUCUAAAAAAUGGGGUAUGCUGUUUCUGGUAAACCAGCUUUUCAAGAUUUACUUCAAGAUCAACAAACUUCACUUAUGCAAACCUUUAAUUCGAGCGAUCGACAGUUCCAAUUUUAGAGAUGAAUACACCAUGGCACAGCGGGUUACUUAUAAGUACUAUGUUGGCCGCAAAGCUAUGUUUGAUAGUGAUUUUAAGAAAGCUGAGGAAUACCUGUCCUUUGCCUUUCUUAACUGCCAUCAAUUAAGUCAAAAGAAUAAAAGAAUGAUUCUGAUUUACUUAUUGCCAGUAAAAAUGCUGCUGGGUCACAUGCCAUCUAUUCAGCUUUUGAAAAAGUAUGACCUGAUGCAAUUUGCAGAAGUUACAAAGUCUGUCAGUGAAGGCAAUCUUCUCUUACUGACAGAGACUUUGGCCAAACAAGAGACAUUCUUCAUUCGGUGCGGCAUCUCUUUGAUUCUCGAGAAACUUAAAAUCAUCACAUACAGGAAUCUUUUUAAGAAAGUGUAUUUGCUACUGAAAACCCACCAACUUUCCCUAGAUGCAUUUUUGAUUGCCCUAAAAUUUAUGAAGGUGGAAGACGUGGAUCUUGACGAAGUGCAGUGUAUUAUAGCUAAUCUAAUUUAUAUGGGUCACAUUAAAGGGUACAUAUCUCAUCAACAUCAAAAACUUGUGGUCAGCAAACAGAACCCUUUCCCACCGUUAUCGACAGUCUGCUAGUUGAUGAUGUGUAUUCGUUCAGUGAUGGAAUUUUCUACCACACAACCUUUCAGCAGUUUGAACCAGCUCACAAAUAAGCAUCAUUUGUCAAUCUUUUGGAUGUGUGUUAAAUAAAGUAUUUUUUUUUUAUUAUACAA